ACAGCGCACACAGCAUGGAAGCAUUGCUGUGAAAUCAAAGCUGUCAACUGCCUGGCUGUCUUUGGUGGGCUUUCGGCAGUGACAUGCCACGCACUGUGAGGCAGCUGGGGAAGAGACGCGCAAGCCUCUCUGCCAAUCUGAAAAUUGGGGACCACCACCGGCGUUGUUGGACCCCCGAGGAGGAAGAAGUCGUCUUCCCUUUUGCCCAGGACAGUCUAGUGAAGCAGUGGAGUUCCAUGCAUAAUGUGACUGAGCAGGGCCAGGAGAAAAACCAGGCUCCUCCCCAACAGAGCAAAUGGUUCCUCAACAUCAACGUAGGGGGAAAAUCUUUCCAGAUCGCUUACAAAAUGGCUGCCCGUUACCCCAUCACCAGAAUUGGGAAGCUGGCCACCUCCACGGACCCCACAAAGAAGCUGAAACUUUGUGAUGACUACUCAGUGCAGAGGAACGAGUACUUCUUUGACCGAGACCCUUUAAUCUUCCAUUACAUCUUCCACUUUUACCACAGUGGUGUCCUGUGGAUCAUGGAUGAGCUGUGCCCUGCUAACUUUGUGGAGGAAAUUGAUUAUUGGGGCAUCCAUCUGAAAUACUCCCAGCGGUGCUGCCGGAUCCUGUUUGAGGAGAAGCAAGACGAGCUCAAGGAAUACCUGAAAAUCCAGCGAGAGCUGGAGGCGGAGCUCGAACCACUGGAGCAAGAGGAGCACUUUGAGGGCAAAUGUCUGGGGGAGUUCCGGAAAGCUGUCUGGAACCUCAUUGAGAAACCCUUCUCCUCCAUCCCUGCCAAGAUCAUUGCUGUCAUGUCCAGCUUCUUUGUGCUGAUCUCCAUUGUGGGCAUGACACUCAGCACAGUGGAGGAGAUGCAGCACAAGACUGGAAAGGCAUGCAUGGAGCAGCUGGAGACCAUCUGUGCCAUCUUCUUCACCUCUGAGUACCUCAUGCGGCUCAUUUCCACAGCCACCUUCCAGAAGUUCCUGCGGGCAGCUUUCAAUGCCAUCGAUCUGGUGGCCAUCCUGCCCUUCUACAUUCAGAUUCUCUUUGAGCACCUGGAUGAAGGCGAUGCACUUUACCAUGAGGAGCGGCACAAAAUGGCGAGUGUGGGCAAGCUGGGCAAAGUCCUGAAGCUCAUCAAACUCAUGCGGAUUUUUCGCAUCCUCAAGCUGGCUCGCCAUUCCACUGGCCUUCGGGCUUUUGGCUUCACCAUGCGCCAGUGCUACCAGCAGGUGUGCUGCCUCCUCCUCUUCAUCGCCCUGGGUGUCUUUACCUUCUCAGCUUUGAUGCACUCAGUGGAACAUGAUGUCCCUGGCACCAAUUUCACCAGCAUCCCUGAUGCGUGGUGGUGGGCAGCGGUCAGUCUCUCCACAGUGGGCUAUGGAGACACGGUGCCGGACACAGUACUGGGCAGGAUGGUGGCGUUUGGGUGCAUCUCCUUUGGCAUCAUCCUCAAUGGGAUGCCCAUCUCCAUCCUGUAUAACAAGUUCUCUGAUUACUACGCCAAGCUGAAAGCCCACGAGAACGAGACCAGCCUUUCACUCAAGCUCACCAAGAAGAUUCGCUUUAAGGAGCGAGCCCUGAGGAAGCUGGCUGAAUGCUGCCAUGCUGAUGCCCAUGAUCACCGCUGAAUGGGCCACAGGACCAGGCUACUCUGAACACCUACCAGGCCACUUGACCCCCCACUAGCCAGGGCCAUCCAAUGUGUCUCCCUCUCAGCCCACCUGACCUGACUACCCCGUAUCAACUUGGUCAGCAGACCUCCCAGCAUGGAUACCCUACAGCCAAUGGGGCCACCCAAUGUGGCUACACCACACUACACGGCCAUCCAUCUGGUUAGUCUAUCCCCACUGCUCUAGUAGGCCUUCUGGCCCUGUGCACCUACUUAUGUGCCCUACAGGACACUUGGUGUGAGGGAGAUGUCAGAGAGCAGCAGGGUAGGCUGGCAUUUGCAGUAUGAUACUGCUGCAAAAUUGUCCAGGCUGUUUGGAGGGAGGGAGCAGCGAGAUGACUGAACCUCUGCUGUGCCCUACUGGGAAUGUCUUGCUCGUUCCUAGACAGCCCAGUGCCACAGCUUGGCUGCCAGUGGGGCAGGAGCUCAGAGAAGAGACUCAGAAGGGGGUCUGGACCUAGAGGGACAGAAGGAAGAACUGAAGCUGUCCAGCUUGGCUAAGGGAGCUGGGGAGAGCUCUCCAGACUUGAGAGGAAGCUGGGAAUUAGUGUGAGCCCCACCUCUGGCCUGGGGGGAGUGGCUAAGUUAGGGUAAAGAAGGAAUGUACCUGGGGUCCCCAGUGGGACACAGGAAUUCAAUGCUCCAGGCCAGUCCCAACAUCAGCCAGUGCCCCCUUUUCUAGACCAGCCAGGCUCACUCUAGCUGAUCAGCUUUUGCCUACGCGAACAUAGCUGGUGGGGAGCUAAAGGUUCCUCACACUCACCAUUUUAUUGCAUGUUUUGUUUCCUGAUUAGUGUUUUUCUGAAAGCCCCGGCUCUGCCUGUGUGGGGAUUGUGUGAGAGUCUCAGCUUGCACCUAUGUGAACACUGUGAUAACGCCAACCCCCUCCCAGAAGGCCAA